AUUAUAUAUGUACUAUUUUUAAAUUAUCCCGCUCCGAAGUCCGAGUAGAGGAAUGAUUAACGAUGUCGGUGUGAGGAUGUAACCUUCGUCAGUUAUGUGAAUGGGCUACAACUGCUAUGUGUGCGAAUGUUUAACUGGGCAUAUAAACUAAUGUUUAUAAUUGGAAAUGUUAGGCGUCUUUUUAUCUAUGAACUGCUCAAUCUGACACAAGCGCUGAAACGUUAUUCAUGUCAUAGUUGCACAUGUGAUCUCCAUCUAGAAGCUGUGGUUAUUUUGUCAGAUAAGUGUAUUUUACAAUUGUAUUUUACCAGUGCACCUGGAUGGAACUAUGAUAAUCACCGUAAGCUGGUACUCUGCAGGCAGCCACCUAUCGUCCACACGUAAAUGGUAGAAUAGGUUGUUUAAUAGCUACUGUUUUAUCUUACGGGUCUAUAUAUAGUUGAUUUAGAAUUUUUAAACAUCUGCGUCUCUAAAAUGCUCUUUGAGGCUGUGUAAUUCCCACGCUGGCCAAAUAGAUAUGCUAGAUCGAAUUUAUAGGCGAGAAUGAGCUUGUCGCAUGGCAUGUUGAAUAUAAAUGCAACAAAAGGUGUUAAAGAAGUAAUGCUGCCAUGGCUUCAAGUAUAUAUUGUUGCAGAAUUGUCACGAAAUAUACGGCAACUCCAUUCAUUUCUUGUAUAUCACUGUGCUAAACUAAAACCAAUGGAUAGUAUGAAUGUAAUUGCAUAUAUAUGUGCACAGCUUAACUGCGUUAAAUUUCAGUAAUUUGCGGUUC